AUGACCACUCUCUCUGAAGUCUACAGAGAACAUGCUAUCCACCUCCGGCAUAUCGUUCCCCUGGACUUCCACUCCGUCCGGACCGUGCCCGACUCGCACGUGUGGCCUAAAUCCGAUGACUUCUCAUCCGAUGACCAGUUAUCGAUCCCAAUCAUUGACCUCAAAGAUCCCCUCGCUGUAAAACUUGCAGGUCAUGCAUGUGAGACAUGGGGUGCGUUCCAAGUUAUUAACCAUGGCAUUCCUUCGAAUCUUGUCGAAGAGGUGGAGUCUGAGGCUCGGCGGCUGUUCUCUCUCCCGGCUCAGCAGAAGAUGAAGGCGUUACGUGAACCGGCAGGCGCCACAGGAUAUGGUCUAGCUCGGAUAUCCCCGUUUUUCCCAAAGUAUAUGUGGCAUGAAGGGUUUACAGUCAUGGGUUCACCGGUUGACCAUGCUAGGGCACUUUGGCCUAAUGACAAUGCACGUUUUUGUGACGUAAUAGAGAGGUAUCAGAAGAAGAUGAAAGUCCUAGCAGAGCAACUCACACAUCUCAUCCUCAAGUCAUUGGACGUUUCCCUAGAAGACCUAAGCUGGGACGUCGGUUCUCCCUCUACCGCUCUUCAGCUGAACUCUUACCCUUCGUGUCCAGACCCGAAUCGAACCAUGGGUCUAGCCCCACACACAGACACAUCCUUCUUAACACUUCUACACCAAAGUUCCAUAAGCGGUCUCCAAAUCUUCAAAGAAGGAGUUGGUUGGCUCUCAGUGCGACCCAUUGCCGGUGCCCUGGUUGUAAAUGUUGGCGAUCUUCUGCAUAUUCUGUCCAACGCUCGAUUCCCUAGUGUCCUUCACCGGGCCGUCGUAAACCGAGAUGGGUGUCACAGGUUGUCAGUGGCUUAUUUCUAUGGAAUACCCACAGAUUGUAAUGUAUCCCCGUUGGCAAAGCUCUUAAAUUCAGGCCAUACUCCUAGAUACCGGUCUGUGACAGUGAAAGAAUAUGUGAUCCUUAAGGCUAAGAAUUUCGAGGAAGCACUUUCUUUGAUUAGAAUUUAAGUUUGUAGGUUUUUAACAUUAGUGGGACAAGCCAGUGUUUGGAUUUUGUGCUUUUAGCUUGGCACGUUGCUAGUUGGCAUUGCUAGUUGUAAUUAAAUAAAAUUAUCCUCCUUUAAA